GGCCCGGGGCGGGGCGGGGAGCGGCGGCUCGGCCAUGGGGCGCCCGCUGCUGUUCGCCGCUGCUGCCGUGCUGCUGCUCCUGCUGCCCGGUACCGGGGCCGCCGUCACCCGCCUCCGGGUCUUCGCCAACUUCGAGUGUCGGGCCAUCGGUGAGUAGCGGCGGGGCCGGGUUGCGAGCGCGGGGUUCCCCCGCCCGGGACUCCCGGGUGCGGCGGGAUGGAGGGGCUCUCCACAGCCCCCGGCUACCGAGUCCGGGAGGGUGGCGGGGACUCCCCCGUUCCCAGGGCUCCCGGGGCUGUCGGUGCCGGCGGUAGGCGAGACCCCGGCGCACGGCCGCCCCCUCUCUGCUCUCUUCACCCGCCAGCCGACCGCACGCUGAGCUCCCCCCGCUGCCGCCGCCCGGCCCGGCCCGGGCCCCCGCUGCAGCCGCCCGCCCUGGCGCUGAGCAGCGCCCGCCUGUGCCUGCCCGCGCAGCCCUGCCUGCCCUGCCUGCGCGUCCGCCUGGCGCUCCCCGCCGCAGAGCUCGGUGAUGUCCGUGGGCUGCAGCUCAACUUCCUGGAGCUGGGGUCCAACCGGGCCGGCUGGCUGCAGGUGUGGCAGCGGCGCAGGGCGCCAGGCAGCUCACCGUGGCAGGUGCAGUUCGACUGCUUCCCGGUGGAAAGCGGACGGCAGGUCCUCGUCUCCCUCCGCACCAUCCCUGACCGAGGCUUGGCCAUCAGCCGUAGCCAUCUGGUUGCUGCCGAGCCACCUGGGCCGGUCUUCACCCAUGCUUGGGUCCCCGAGGCACGGGCCAUCGAGGUGUGGGUGCCUGAGGGUCCUGCUCUGAUGGUGCGGCUGUGCCACCAGCUGGCCCUGGAAUGUGAGGAGCUGUCCUGGCCCUUCCACCAGCAGGUGCUGGUGCCAGGAGGCAGCCAUGUCUCGCUGCCGUACGAGUUCCUGGUGCCCUGCCUGUGCAUCGAGGCCUCCUACCCCCACCACGACAGUCCACGCAGCAAGCACUGCCCCUUCCAUGAUCAGCCAGCCGCCUAUGGCCCUGAGCUGUGGUCCUCGGUGCGCUUCCAUGACUACAGCUCAAGCAGCAAGGACCAGAUGGCGAUGGUGCUGAGCACCAGCUGCCCUCUGCACCCUCGGGCCACCCUGUGCUGGAGAGAAGUGGCAGCUGAGACUGCGCCUUGCCAUGAUGUCCCCAACUCCACAGCCAGCGAGGAGGAGCAGGCAUACACGCUGGACAAGGUGGAUGUGCACCCGCAGCUCUGCUUUCGGUUCUCCUUUGGGAACAGCAGCCAUGUGGAGUGUCCCCACCGGCCAGAGACCGCCUGGAACGUCUCGGUGAGCGCCCGGGGGCUGCAGCUGCACCUGCGCCUCACGUCCCGCAUCCCUGCGGCUUUCAGCGCAGCCCUCUGCCAGCCCCGGGGCGCACAAUGCGAGCCCGAGGCUCCCCUCUACACCGUCACACAGGUGGGUGGCAUGGGGCUGCGGGGACACGGCAGGGGACUAAGCCAUGCUGAUCCAGCGUGCCCUUGUGCUUUGCAGCCGGAGGGCUCUGUCCCAGGAGAGCUGGCGCUGCUGCUGCCGGUGCAGGUCCUGGGCAGCUGCGUGCUGGUGUGGCGCUCGGACGUGCGCUUUGCUCAGAAGCAGCUGCUCUGUCCUGACAUAUCUCGCAGGCACUUUGGGCUACUGGGGCUGGUGCUGGCACUGGGGCUGGUGGUGACCAUGCUGCUCCUCAACUGCCGCAGCGCCUGGAGGCCAACCACAGGUGCCCCAGGUGGGCGCCCCGUGCUGCUGCUGUAUUCGCCAGACUCGGAGGAGCACCUGGGGCUGGUGUGUGCCCUGGCCGAGCGGCUGCGCGCGGGGCUGGGCUGUGAUGUGCGCCUGGACCUGUGGGAAGCGGGUGGCGUGGGGCGGGUGGGCGCCCUGCCCUGGCUCUACGCCCAGCGGGGCCGCGUGGGCCGCCAGCGCGGCACCGUCCUCCUCCUCUGGAGCCGCGGCAGCACCCGGCUCUUCCGCCGAUGGAGAGUGGGGGCUGCCAGUGGGACCCCUGAGGAUGCCCAUGACAUCUUUGGGGCAGCCAUGGCCUGUCUGCAUGGGGAGCUGGGGACAGCAGGCCGUGGUGGCGGCUGGGUGCUGGCCUACUUCAGCCGGCUCUGCAGCCCCCGUGAUGUCCCCCAGCCCCUCCGACCCCUGCCCACCUACCGCCUGCCCCGGCAGCUGCCUGGGCUGCUGGGCGCCCUGCGGGGCAGCCCCCCGGCCUCCCGCCGCUGCUGCCAGGGCCGGGCAGGGGGGCUCCUGCACCGGCUGCUGGAGGUGGGGGCUGGCGAGGGGAGCCCCCCACCCCAGCCCCCCGAGGCGGCCACUGGCACCUGAGUGCCUGUGCUGGGGCUGAGCUGGGCAUUGCUGCGGGGCUGGCGGCGCUGGGCACAGCCCGCUGGUGAGGGCAGGGGCCCCGUCAUGCAGAUGCAGGACUUGGCUGAGCGUGCCGGCUGCGGCGGCAGGAGGUGUGCCCGUGGGUGCCCGGGGCAGGGCCACGGGUGCUGUGGGGCCCCAGCAGGGCUGGCCCCAGCCGUGGGUUGUGCUGCUUGGGCCAGGGCAAGCGUCCAGCAGGCCCCUGGGUCCAGGAGCGGAGGUGCUGCCCUGGGUCUGGGCAGCUUUAUUUCCACACAGGCACCUGCUCCAGAGGAGAGCUGGGACCCCAGGGAAGCCUCCUUGUGGGGGGCACUGGAAGAAGCCGGGCAGUGGGGGAGCUUCCUGCCCUGCCAGGACAUGGGGGGCAGGGGGUUCCAGGUGCUGGGCACAGCGUGGCUGCUCCUCGCUCCCAUGCUGCCAGCAGUACCUUGUCUGGGGUGGAAGCAAUAAAGUCACCAUUUCACCCUG